AUACAUUCAGAAGAUAGCUAUAUUGCUAUAGAUGCUGUAGAAAUUGUAUCAGAGCCUGAUUUUCCGACAUGUUCUCAUAAAAACAUCCCAGAAUAUCAGAUCAAUAGAGAUCCUCCAUAUGCUGAUCAACAUAAAAUCACCGCAGAGAAUCAAUUUAUUGAUACUACCGUCCAAUCUGGGAUAACAUACAAGUACACUGUUCAAACAAUACAAGCGUCGAGAACAAGCGUGAACUCUCCCCAUAUUGUGUACACACAUGGUCAACCGUUCUGUGGAGAUGGUCUUAUUAACGGCAACGAGGAAUGUGAUGAUAAGAACGCUGUGGACGGAGAUGGGUGUUCAAUGGAUUGCACAGUAGACGAGGGUUUUAAAUGUCAAGGUUCUCCGAGCUUAUGCUCUUGGUCUCCUGUUGACACAUGCGAUGAUUCGAAAAGAGUGUGUGGUUUGAACCCUCCGGACGGCUUCUACGAUCAAUGGGCUGUUGAGGCCAGUGCAAACCCCGAGUAUCAAGCAGCAGACUGUCCGGCUUCCAUUGUAACCGGAAAACCAGAAAAGAUACAGAAAUGCGAUGCCAUCCCACCAGACACUUUCUGGCGGCCCUGUGGUGAAUUUUUCGACGUGACUGGAGACUUUUGGAUCCGUGUACACAUAUAUAAGCCAGUUGUAGCUAUCGCUGUUAUAGUACACCUUGCAUCUGAUGGGCGGUCUGUUUUCAACCACGAUAAAAAGUCUAUGAAUGUUCAGCUUAUAAAUACUGACGAUUCUGUUACAUCUCUGACCAAGGAAAGCAUUCCUAUUUCAUGCCAAGAGAAUCCUGUCCUCGUCCCAGUGGUACAAGAUUUAAGCAAACCAUUCCAUCUGACCAAAGGGGCAAUUAUUUCCUUCACGUUUUCAAGUAUAGGGAUAUAUGCCGUCAGGAUAAGAUCUAGUCCGUUCAUUAACCCACCCGGAAUUUCAGCAUGUUUAAACAACGAAGUCUACUAUCCACAGCAUGGCGUAUGUAUCAACGAUAAAUGCACGAAAAAAUCGUGCAACAAGUUCAAAGUCAAAUAUGGCGAAGCAGUGUGUUCUGGUCUUGAAAAUGGCGAUUCUUGUAAAAUACAAUGUGACAAAGGGUAUUAUGUAAAUGGACACGAGAACAAAGCCGAGUGUGUUAACGGUGUAUGGAUAACUUCGUCCCCUUUAAUAUGCUCCCCUGUAGACUGUGGCAAACCGACGGUCAAACAAGCUACUGUAGCGUGUCCUGAGGGAACUUUUUACUCUAAAAAUUGCCACUUCAAAUGUAACAAACCAGCUUCAGUACUUGGAGAUGAUAUGAGUCUCACUUGUCAACGAAAUGGUCGUUGGUCAAAGCCAAAAGCUGCAUGCGUUAUCCAGUGUAAAGCGUUGGACCCUAUAACAUAUGACAAUGGUAAACUGAAGACAACCUCGUGUAUAAAAGGUCCACAGCCUGUUGGCACCCAGUGUAAAGUAAGAUGUCAGGAAGGAUACCAUGUUCAAGAUGAAAGAAAGAAAAGACGUUUCCUUCGCAUUAUAUGUGAUGAAGACGGGGAAUGGUUUGGGCCAAAAUGUGUACCAAACACGUGUGAACCGUUACCGCGCAUAUUCACAGGCGCGUAUGUGUGCACAAAUGGAUUUCAAAGUAGCAGCACGUGCAAUAUGAGUUGCCCGGGUGAUUCAGCGGCGUUUCAAACAGUUACAUGCUUGUCAACCGGUGAAUGGAAUGAAGAGUUGCAGGAAUGUCCACUAGAUGGCACUGAAACCUGUCCUGUUCCGGUGUCCAAAGGAAAUAUUAAGUUUGACUGCGAUUCCACUGUUCCCGGAUCAGAAUGUACAAUAUCUUGUAUGGAUGGUCACAGUCCGGUGUUACGAAGCUUUCAGUCGUCUGCGAACAAAAACGACCACUUUACGGACACGAUAGUGUGUACAGUGCUCCAGAAAUGGGAUCCGAGCCCCAGUCAUAUCACCUGUGUGGAACCGUGUAUAGAGUUUUCCAUCAGUGACGGAUUUUGCGAUGCCAGUAAUAACCGGGAUGUGUGCGACUGGGACGGGGGUGACUGCUGCACGUCCACUGUGCUAGGUGGUAUGGUGCUACCCAUGCCCGAGGAUUGCACGGUUGAGUGCGCAUGCAAGGACCCGCUAGCUAUAGAGAACAGACGUCGCAAGAGAAGGCAUAAACACCCGUACUGGAAUACUUAAUGUUGGCUGAUAUGCCGCCAUUUUCUCAGACAAUACAUUCAUUAACUCUCAAUGCUUGUUGUCAUUUUAAUCUUAAGAAUAUUAUUGUUUGUUUCAAUACAUGCCGAAUGCUUUUUUAAAUAUGUUAUGUAUCAUUCUUGUUCUGAUAACAAGUUUUUUUUUCAUAUAUUGCCAAUUAGAUGAUGUGUUAAUAUCACUGACGAUUUUGUUUUCAUAGACUAAUAAACGCAUCCAAAAUGUCCACAUAAAAAAACUGAUGUAACAAUGAAAUAAAGUUAAUUGAAAUUU